AUGGUAGCUCAAAGACAUUAUUAUCCAAAUUUAAAUGAUUUACCAAAAGAAAUAUUAGUAAUUAUAUUCACACAUGUUUUCAAUUUAUUAAAAAAAGAUAAAUGUAGAAAUCUUAAUUCAAAAUUUUUUCAAAAUGUUUUCAUCAGUAAAUCAAUUGGUAAUUCACUUUUAAAUAGUACAGAGUUUUGGAUAAUAUUGAUAUCUUCUUAUAUAUUUAAAGAUAUUCUUAUUUUUACAUCAAAUAAAUUGGAUAGAAAUGUUUAUAAUUUAGUUUAUUAUUGUGCGAGUCAAUGUAAAAUUAGAGAUUAUUUUAAUAGAAAUAUUAAAGGUCAAAGACUUCAAACUAAAAUUCAAAGUAGUAAAUAUAUGAAUUUAAAAACAGCAGUUUGUUCAAUACCAUUUGAGAGUAGUUUUAUAGUUGGUGGAUUGGGUACUAAUAAAUAUCCAUUUUUAAGAGCAUUCAAUUAUAAAGGUGAAGAACAAAUCAAUUAUUUACAAAUGAAUAGAGUUGGUGCUUAUGAAAAUAAACCAAUUGAAUCAAUUUCAUGUAGGAAUAAAGUAUUGGCAUUUAGUGUGUUGGGUAGUGAUAUUAUAUCAAUUUGUAAGACCAAUGACUUGAAUGAAGAUAAAUGUGGUUAUUUACAAUAUGAGACUAUUAGAACCUCAUGCACAGGUGAAAGAAGUAGGGUAAAGUUAAGUCCGGCCGACGAGAAUAAAUUAGCUAUUGGUGGUAGUGAUGGGUCGGUGCAUAUCUAUGAUUUGAAUCGUAUACUUUCAAACACUGAUGACGAUGACCAAUACGAAGGCAAUGAAUACAUUACAGUCAUAUCGGAGUGGGGUUUCAUGAAUAACAAGCUACCAGUUUGGGACUCUUGUUUCACAAAUGAUGGUAGAGGUUUAUUCGUAGUGGGCGAGUCAGUUCUCAAUUGUAGCGAUUACUAUAAGAAUACCGGUUUCGUUAGAUACUGGGACACCAGACAAGAUCCGAAUAAAAUGGUAUGGCAAUUAAGGGAAGGUAUUGAAGUUGGUGGUAUCUCACAAUCCCAAGAUUCAAAUUGUAUAGCCUACGUAAUGAGAGGUGGUUUGGUUAGAGUAUUCGAUCUACGUUCUCCAAAUAAUCCACUGGCAUUAUUCACACCAGAGUCUUCAUUAAACUAUAACUUUACUUUAAAAUCUCCAUUCAAUAGAGACGCUAUAGCUUGGAUACCCGGUGGAUGUGAUAAUAUAGUCUCCUCUUUUUACAAUGAAAUCAAUGUAUGGUCAAUGGCUGAAGGUGAAGAUACUUGUACCAUCAUGGUUGAUAAAUAUAGAACCCAAGAUAAUAAUCAUAAUCAAUUAGAUAUAACUGAUGAUGGUUUAUUACUUUGUUCCAAUGAUACAAUUUAUUCUCUAAAUGAUAUCAGUGAUAAAUCAAUCAUUGAUUAUUUAGAUAAUCAAAAAAAAGAAAAAGAAAUUGAAAGUGAUUAA